CCAAAGCAGCCGUCCGGCGUGUAUCGAAGGCGAUUUGACAGUGCAGUUUUGUGUCUCCAUGGCCGCCGCCCGCUGGCUCCCUGUUCAACGUAUCUCUUUCCGGCGAUACUUUAUUUAAUUCCCCAUCCCGAAGCACGUGGCCUUUAUAUAGGAAUUCCGAGUUCAGAAACGAGCGCUAUCUUGAACUUCUGAUUUCCCAUUAUCUGGAAACUUGCAUUGCGUUUGAGUUUCUUGCAAUUUCAAUGCACCCUUGGCGUCUGCGGUGAACCGGUUUGCAAGUCGAUGCUGAACAUGACGGAGGAACGCGGGCAGGGAGCGGCCGAUGCGGGCUGCAGCCCAGCCUGCAGCGGCUCCGACAGCGAGUCGGUGGGAUCGCCGGGCUCGGUGUCCGAGGGCGAGCCUCAGCCAGAGGAUUGCAGCCGCUCGCUGCCCGCCGCCGUCGCCGGCAAGAAGUUGGGCUGCGAAGAAGACGAGCGUUUCCCGGCCUGCAUUCGAGAGGCGGUCAGUCAAGUGUUGAAGGGCUACGACUGGACUCUGGUGCCCAUGCCCGUGAGGAUAAACGGCACUUCCAAAAACAAGCCGCACGUGAAGAGACCCAUGAACGCUUUCAUGGUGUGGGCUCAGGCUGCCCGGCGCAAACUGGCGGACCAGUACCCGCAUCUUCACAACGCGGAGCUCAGCAAAACCCUGGGCAAACUCUGGCGCCUGCUGAGCGAGAGUGAGAAGCGUCCCUUUGUGGAAGAGGCCGAACGCCUGCGGGUGCAGCACAAGAAAGACCACCCCGACUACAAGUACCAGCCGCGUCGCAGGAAGAGCGUGAAGAACGGGCCAACCGACUCCGAACAGGGCGCGGAGCAGAGCCAGCUGGCUGUCGGCCAGGUGUACAAGGACGGCCUGUCGGCAGGGAGGGGAGUCUCCGACGGCCACCACCCGCCAGAACACGCAGGCCAUGCACAAGGGCCCCCAACACCACCCACCACACCCAAAACUGACCUCCAUGUGGGGAAGCAUGAGCUGAAGAGGGAGGGGCGUUCCAUAGCGGAGAAUGGACGCCAGAACAUUGACUUCAGCAACGUGGACAUCAGUGAGCUGAGCAGUGAGGUCAUCAACAACAUGGAGACCUUUGACGUCCAUGAGUUUGACCAGUAUCUACCACUGAAUGGCCACACAGUGCCCUUCUCCUCUGACCACAGCCAUGGACCGAACACGGCUGGCUCAUACAGUGCUUCCUACCUAACGAGCAGCGCAGCCCAAGUCAUCUGGAAUCAUAAGAGUGCCUCAUCUUCAUCAUCCUCUUCAUCAGUCGCUAGUGAACCAAGUCAGCAUAGGCCGCACAUUAAGACAGAACAGCUGAGCCCAAGCCACUACAAUGACCAGCAUCACAGCUCUUCACCUCAAGCUGAUUAUAGUUCCUACAGUAACCAGGGUUGCAGUCCUGUCAGUGCUACUGCUACUGCCUUUUCUGGCUCCCAGUGUGACUAUUCUGAUGUCCAAGGCCCCAAUUACUACAACCCUUAUUCUGGAUACCCAUCACCCAUCUAUCAGUAUCCUUAUUUUCAUUCAUCUCGCCGUCCUUAUGCAUCAUCCCUCCUGAAUAGUCUGUCCAUUCCUCCAGCCCACAGCCCAACCAACUGGGAUCAGCCAGUCUACACAACCCUGACCAGGCCAUAGGAAGAUGUUAUUUUCCAGGAUAAAUAUUAGGUGGGGGGUGGGUUUGGAAAAACGUGAUCUCAAGAUCCUUUGAGACUUACCCAGUCUUCCGUGGCGUUAUGCACUAAUGAAAGACUGACCGAGUAGAGCACAGUGCCAUUCCAGUUUAAGUGCCUGCUGAUCUAAAAAUGCCAAAUCUGACCAAUGACCGCCACCUGUGACGUGGUACUCUGUACAAGGAGCACAAAGAAUUUGGUGUGUGCUGAUUUCCAGCAUGAAGAUGGAGAAAAAUUAAAACCUCUGAAAUCCUCUGUGAGGACAAAGUACUUUUGAAUAAAAUAGGUCAGAUUCCAUAAAUCUUUAUUCUUCCCCUGUUUGGUUUAUUUUCUAAGUUCCUGAAAAGAAGUGUUGAGGAUAUCUACAUUUUUGAAACGUGUUGUUUCUGAAACUUAGUUGUUGAAGUGUGUAUUUAUCUUAUGUAUUUUUAACUUUUUAUUACUUGGAACAAUUCAAGCAUAAAAAAAAUAAGACUUUCUCUUGUGGGAUCAAGAAUUUAUGUGGAAAUGGAAAUGGUGUCUUAAAGUAAAAUAAAUCAGUUGACUUAUUUCCCAUGGGUUUGGGAGGUAGUUCUUUUGAUUGACAUGCCAACUGUUUUCUAAAUCAGAGUGAAAACCAUAUCUUACUAAAUAUGUUACAUGCUUUGAAAUCAAGUUUUUAUCACAGUUUCUGAAUAUAAUGGUAAGUUUUCUAACAAAAGUUUCAAAAGUUUGUUCCUUGGCAACUCAGACUAUUGGGGACCAUGUAUUUUAGCCAACAAGCUGUGAAUCUUUUAAUUCUCCACUAUAAUAAAUCUGAACCCAUAUUAACAAAUGCUGUCAAUGAAUAGUGUAGUCUAAUGCCGCCUUUUAUUCUCCAAUUUCAAUUGUAUGCUGAGCAUAUAAACUUGUUUUCCAUUUAAAUGCUAAUUUGUGCCUUAAUGUUUGCAAGAGUAAAAAGAUUUAUGUUAAUUUUUACUUCUAUUUUUGGAAAAAAAUGUUUGUUUUUGAAAAAAAGAUAUUCUUGGCAAAUUCUUUUUGCAAACUGUUUACUGUAUAAAGUUUGAGAAAUCAAUUGUAACUUAACCAUUCUGUUAUUACUAGUUUUCUGUUAGAGGAAUGCAGAAUAAUUUCUGACUAAGCAAUGUUAACUUUUGUACAGAUCAAAUGUCAAGAUUAAAAACAAAGCUUUUUACUGUAUUUUGGUGCAUCUAAUUUUAAGAGAAAGAGUUCAUGUAGAAUUAUUUGAUAGAUUUGUUGAAUAAUAAUUAGUGAAGGCAUAUUCGUACAACAUAGGAACAGUCUCUUUAGACCACCAUGUCCACAAUGACCAUCAAUUACAC